GCUGCGUACAACUUGGAGCAGGCUCGCAUUGUUUACUAUCUCCACUACUCCAGAUCCCAGCCCCAGAUCCCAGCCCCCGGCCCCAGCCCAAGAUUACUAAACUGUACAGGUUGUCUCAUGGUUACACGACAUUAGUCCGAAAACUAGAUGGGGAAAAUGUUGGUACCAACAAAAUUCUCUAGACAUUUCAAUUUCAAUUUUUACAUGUUAGUAACAUUGUUUAAGUAGUAAAUCCACGAGUGUUCGGAGUUUCGGAGACGUUUUGACAUAUGCGCGCGCCAAAAUAAUAAAUAUUAAGUUAAAUUGUAACAUGUAAUUGAAAUUAAUGUUAAAAAAUUACAACUGAAUAUUAAGUACAUAGAGAUGAACAAGAAAAAAAAUGUUUUAUAUAUUUAUAUACAAUUCUAGUGAAUUCUUGAUCCGGCUGUUCCGUCCGAUCGGAACGUGUAUAUUCCUCAAUUCCGGACGGAUCGGGCGGGUGUUUCUGACCGCACAAGUUUUAAAACACCAUUGUAUUGGAAAAACAUCAUUAGUAGACCUAUUCUGUAACUGUUAACGACAGUUUGAAUAGGCCUACAGGGUAUGAAGUUUUAUUCCGAAUUGUCUCAAUUCACGUAAUAGUGUGACAAGCUGAAAUUCUAUACUGAGAUGAGUACCAACAAUCACGGAAAAGGACCGGCUGUAAAAUGCGGUUACUGUGGAUGGUUAAUGUUCGGGUCCUGUGCGGGAAUUAUAGGCCAUGACUGCUUCAAAAGCUAUGAUGAAGAUAUUCAUUUUAUUGUUAUCGAUGAGAAGGGUCGUGCUACAAUGAGAGUGAAGAAAGUAGAAGAAAAUAUAGACGCACCACCAUCAGAGAGUAACAAUGAGUCUACUUCGUAUUCAGCAGAUAUAAUGGACGAGAUGCUCAUCGAUGCCGUAGAGAAGAGACCAGGUCUGUGGAAUCAAAAAUUGCCAGUUAAAAGGCGAAGUCCCUGUGUACGAGGAGAAUUGUGGGAUGAAGUUUUCAAUAAUCUUGGUUUUAAGGAUGUAGCGUGAAUGAAAUCUUGGUGGACGUACCUGAGGGACUGCUACUCAAAAGCUCGCAAAAAAUGAAAGGUUACGUACGCAGCGGAUCGUGUGCGGAAGCGGGGCAUCCGCAAAAAAGUACAUUUC